AUGUACAAUGCAUUUAACGGUGAAAAAAGAGAUAUUUCUAUGCAAGCAAUAGAUGUAAAUGCAUCAAGUCGGUUAGUGCAGGACACAAGAAGCGAAAUUAUUCAAGAUGUAGAAAGUAUGUUCAAUUUAAAACCACGUUUUAAUCAUUUUGAUGAUCAUUACAUCAAUGAAGAUCCUCUCGUAAAGAUUUAUGGGAUUGAUUCAGUUCAUCUUUUACACAAGUUUUGGAUAUCCUAUCUCCACACACGUGACACUAGCACGAAUAUAUAUUCUGUAACUCAUUACCACUCCUCAAUACGGCUCGUAAUGAACGCAAUAGCCAUGACGCGAUUGGGAAAAAUUGAUCUAAAUGCGACAUUUUGGAUAGAGCUAAGUAAUAUUGGUGGCUCAGAAAAGGUUGUUCACUUCAGAGAAGAAUGGAACGAUGUCCCGUUGUUGGACAAAGAUAAUACCUUCUUUCUUAUUGGUUGGACAGCUGAAAUGAUGAGAUUCAUAUUUGGCAAAAUUGUUGUACAGAUCUCCGCUUGGACUUGUUAA